GUUUAGCCCCAUUAAAGCCAUGUGGCGAUAAUAGCUAAUGAAUUUAUUGUUUUGCUAAACAAAAAUUGUUGAACGGAUGUUUAUCUUCAUCAGUCUUAAUAAUACGCUUGAAAUUGAAACAAAGACCUAGUUAAAACUUUGAGUGCGGAAAAAUGUUGAAACUAUUGCUUUUAAUGACAGGAUUUUCCUUGAUAAAUGCCGGUCAUAUUUCUAAAAUAUCCUCAGAAGUAACUGUCCUCAACGUUGAACUGCUAAGGAAUGAACCAUUACAUAUUCAGGGCUACAAAAAAAUCAGCAAAGCCCAAGUAGAGCAUUUGAUUUUGACAGAUUGUAAAGGUGUUAUUGAUGCAGCAACAUUUAAACAUUUUCCAAAGCUACAAAAACUGACAUUGUGGAGAUCCAAUAUUGAAGAAAUUACCACAAAUAUACCAAUAACCCAUCUUGUAUCAAUGGGUUCCCAUUUGCCAAGCUUGAACGAAGAUCUGCAACAGAAACUACCAAAAUUACAAUCUCUUCUAUUGAUGGGUAAUAAAAAUGUCCAAGUGGAUCCUAUGGUAUUCAAAAAUUUCAGGCGUUUACGUUCGCUUCAUAUUUCUGAAGCUAACUUCACGCGAGACUGCAUUACCAAAUAUUGGUUUAAAGGUAUGGACUUGGAAGAGUUGGGCUUGAGCGAUAAUAAUAUAAGCUGUAUGUCUGAGGAUGCUUUUGAUAGUUUGAAAAGCUUAAGGAAGUUGGAUUUAACUUAUAAUCAUAUUCCUUAUUUGGAACGGAAAGUUUUCAAAAAACUGACGAAAUUGGAACAGUUGGGGUUGUACGAAAAUCACCUAGACCGUCUCGAGCUUGGCUCAUUGGCUAGCCAAAAAAAUCAUUUAGAAAGGUUUGGUAUAUCUUGGGACGUUUUGAAGAACAGCAAUAUUGAAGCGGAAGACUUGGUCCAUGCUUUUCCCAAAUUGAAGCACGUUUCAUUCGGACAUGAUGAUAUGCCUAAUGAUUUUAGUGCUGGAAUAUUUUGUCAGAUUUUGAGGCAGAAUGAUGUCAGCUGCGAGGUGGAUAGUGUAUUCGGAUAUUCCAAGAUUUUUGGAUAUUAUUCCAUAUAGGAUUUGUAUCUGUUUUAUAUAUGAUUAUCUAAUGUAUAACAUGAGUUAAUUAUAACAUCAUAAUAUAUCAGUAAUAAUUACUCACUUUGUAUAACAUGUAUAUUAUGCUUUAAAAAUAAUGAAUGUCACCUGAACAAAUUUAAUUUUUGAAAUAAAAUAUUAAUGAACAAAUUCC